CACACACACAACACACACCCGUCGGAUGCGACAAAGCCUGUGUUUUAUUUUCUGUGGCCAAAAAAAAAUGGCUCUCUCUGUCGUGUCCUUAUGCAUAGCAGUAGCUGCUGCUUUGUUGCUUUAAAUGUCCUUAUGCAUAAACCCUUUAUGAAUGAAAGCAUGUGACCCAAACAUCAUCUGACGUCUGGCCUCAGCAGCGCAAGCGAAGCAAACGGGGAUCAACAAGAGACUGGCCGUAUGACAAUUUCCUUAACAAUCAACAACAACCGGGUUCAGCCAUCGUGGUGCUCUACGGCGCUGCCGUUUCCUCUGUUUGGACUGCGUGUUGGGAGUUGUUUUUCGUGGCAUGACGACCACAAACAAGGGAAACAAAGCCUUGAAGGUGAAAAGGGAGCCAGGGGAGAAUGGCACAAGCCUUACAGAUGAUGAGCUGGUGUCCAUGUCAGUGCGGGAACUGAAUCAACACCUGCGUGGCCUCUCCAAGGAGGAGAUACUGCAGCUGAAGCAACGGCGGCGUACACUCAAGAAUCGUGGCUACGCCGCCAGUUGUCGUGUCAAGCGUGUUACACAGAAGGAGGAGCUGGAACGCCAGAAGGCAGAGCUGCAGCAGGAAGUAGAGAAGCUUGCCAAUGAGAAUGCUACCAUGAAAGUUGAGCUGGAUGCUCUGCGCUCUAAGUAUGAGGCACUGCAGAGCUUUGCAAGGACUGUGGCCCGAAGCCCUGUGGCCCCCAUAGGCAAUACAGCUGUUUCCUUGGGGAAUGGCCGUGGUCCACUGGCUUCAGUCAUUGGGCCCCUAGUGCCAGGCAAAGUGGGCACUACCAGUGUCAUCACAAUAGUCAAGUCAAAAACAGAUGCACGGUCUUAGUUGCAGGAGUUGAGAGAAUGAUUGGGGCCGGGUAGAGAAGGAGUAAGUUAUAAUGGGGGGGAAAUUAUCUAUGAAGAAAGGGAAGGCUUGGUCAGUGCAUUAUCCUUUAGGCACAGUAAAGAUGGAUAAAUUAGUCAGUUUUGUUCACCAUUUACCCAAUAUGUACUUGCCAAAAAGACAUGAAGGAUUGAGUCACUAGUGUAAACAAUCCAACCAAUCAUGUGCUGCCUAUUGGAAGUGAUUUAUUCUGCCUUUCUUGACCUCCAACUACCAAUAUAGUUGGCAGAUAUUACCAGGGCUUCCAGUGUGUGUGUGUUACACUGUAUUGUGGUGUAGUUAUAUUUUUAAGAUGAUGUUUCAAUAUUGGCCUUUUCACUCUCUAGAUAGGGCCUAUCCAGCAUUGCGCAUUAUUUCUACAGUGUUUUUGUAUGUGAUGUUCACAUGGGGUUCAAGUUAAUUCUGUGUGUGAUGUUUAAUGUUUCUGCUAAUGAAAUAUGUGAUGUACUGCAGUGGACAUAUAGUUUUAAUUGAUGUGCUGUGUUUAGCCAUGCUGCCGUCCUAUGUUGUGUGAGGUUAAAACACAAACUGAAAAGUCUAUUGUGCCAGAUGGGCGUGCAGUUCCGGACAGUGCUACUAUGCUAGCGAAUCAUUGCGGACAGGGAGGAAUCAAGACUUUCUCCACACUGAAAAAGAAUGACUUUUAUGGAAGUGGAUCAGGGACAAAAUUACAACCUACUGCACCGGAUUAUCAAAACAUAACAGCAGAUGAGUAAAAGACUGAAUAUUUUUACCUGUGCCUAGUCUUAUGCACUGACCAACCAGUGAUUAAUCAGAAGAGUUUUAAGAGAACGUUAAUCUAUGUUUUCCUUUCUCAGAGUGCUGUUGUAGCUGUUAGGAUUUCAAAAGGCCUGUUUUAUGUGAAGAGAGAGUCCUUUUCAGCAGGGGUAAAGAACCAUAAGGUUAGCAUAGUGUUUUUUAUGUUUACAUUGGAUGCAAUAACAUAUUUGUGCAGAGAGCAAAAGAAAGCUGAAAUGAGGGCUGAAAUGCUUUUCUCUGUGGAGCUGCUUUGAGCUUUAGUUUUAUUUUGAUUUGUUGUAAGUGUUGUUUGUGAUCUAGGAUUGGUCUCUUACUGUUUUUACGAACGGGGUAAAGGGUAUUGUUACCUUGACUAAGGUGUGCUCAUUGUUUUCUACCUUUACUAGCAGUACUCAUUGAUAUCUCCAUGAGUAACUGUCGAUAUCAUGGGAUUUGUAAUAUUCUGAACACAGAAAAGAGUUAUACUGUACACAGAGAGGGGAGAAAAGAUACUUCUAGUGGGACUAUCUAGUCAUAUAGAUGGGCAGACUCACAAGCUUUACUGUAAAGUUGUUGCUGUGACGUUACUUAACGUAUUCUAAGAAUCUUUGUCUAAAUGGUUGAGUCUUGAAUUUUAUAAAACUACAUAGAGUAUCUUGAAUUAUUUAUAAAACUUAAAAAAAGAAAGUUGUUUGAUAUCUCUUUUUGCAAUUGUACCAAAAGUGGCUUAACUAUUGAAGUUGAUAGCUUUUUCUAGUAAUAGGCGCAUAAAACUGUGGACUAGCGCGUGGUGUGCUGUGUAAGUGACAAGGUGACAGUAUUGUUCACUAUUUGGAUGUGAGUGGUGUGUACUAUAUGGAUAUGAUGCUCUUCUGGUUUACUUUUAUCUAAAUGCAGGUGAUGAAGGCACUUACUGUCUUCCUCUAUGGCCCCAGUAGUUCCAUGUAAAUGUUGUAGAACAACAGUAUUGACAAGGUGUAUGUGGGGCAGUUGAGGUCCCUGGACAAAUACCAAAUGUCCUCCACAAUACAGAGAUGAUGAGAAUGCUGUAACUUUUUGCAUUCAAUUCUCAUCAUCUCUUUGGCAUUCUGUGCUCUCCCGACCAAGCAGAAUGGGUGUAGAAUAUAAAACAGUAUAGAAGAACUACUGCGGUGCCAUGUAGAAGAGAAUUAAGAUGGACCAGUGGAUGCAACACAUUUGUGUGUCAUAACUUAUUUUUGUGAGUUUUGUAUAUGUCUGCAUUUAAUUUUCUUUGUUCCCAAAUACCAGGAAAAUGAGAUUUCAUAACAAUUUUUAAACUCUGCAUUAGUUAAUCUCAAAUAUCAGCAUGAUCCUUUGGAAAGUUGCUGCUGUGCAGUAUCUGCAGAAAUGUUACAUUUUUGUAGCUGAAGAAUGCUAAAUAGAGAUAACUUCUAGCAAAAGAUCAAAUCCAAUGACUAAUAUGCUCACAGGUGCCCUAUACAUUAUACAUAUACAUAUUUAUUUUUCAAAAUCAUACUGAACAUGCUAAGUGGUUUCAGUUUUGGUGACCGUAGAGGAUUACCAAGAUGCAAAGUCUGAAACACUUAAUAAGGUAAAAUGAUAUUUCCUGCUAGAUUAUAAAAACCCAAACCUACCCCGCUUCACCAAAAUUAGGUCGUAAAAACUUGCAUAGUGUGCUGUCUUUACUUUGUCAAUUCAUUUAAUAUUUUAUGAAUUAUGCGUGUGUUAAUAUAUCACUGCCCUUUUUGGUCCUCAAUUAAAUAUAUUGCCAAAUUAUUUUUUAGAACUGUUGUCUGAAGACUAAACAUGGAUAGACGCAUAACUGGCAUUAGUAGAAUAUGGCAUAAAAGGAAUAUUAUGAAUAUGAUUGUGUUUUCUGCCUUUUAGAAUAAAAUAAUUUUAUUAUCUGUGAAAAUUGUUCUGUAGCCAUUUUGGUCUGUUUUGACGUUGCUUUUGUAAACAGUGUUAAAGUUCUCUUAAUGGCUGUGGCAGUUCUGUGGCGUGUCACAUUCUGUGAGCAAUGUGUUUAAAGGUAUUAAAUAACAAAGAAAUGCUACUUGAUAGGUCAAAGAAAAAU